AGGCUUGUUCGAUGAUUUGGUGGAGCAAGUUUAUUUGAAGAAAUUUGAUGCAGCACUUGGUGCAAUAGCAAUAACAGCGAAGCGAUACCACCAUGUAGACUUCUCGCAACCGUACACCGACGCAGCAUUGGUGAUGAUAGUCCCUGUCCAAUCGCAGUUGAGCAACAAAGCUUGGCUGUUCUUGAAGCCUUUCACCAAAUCAAUGUGGGUCCUCACAGCAUCGAUCAACGUCUACAAUGGCUUUGUCAUAUGGAUGAUCGAGCGUGAUCGUUGCUCCGAUCUCAGAGGCUCCGCACUGAAUCAAAUCGGAACCUUGCUUUGGUUAACCUUUGCCACAUUGUUCUCUUUAAACGGGGAAAAGCUACACAGCAAGUUGUCAAGGAUGGCAACGGUGGUGUGGCUAUUCGUGGCACUGGUCAUCACCCAGAGCUACACGGCUAACCUCACCAGCAUGCUCACAGUGCCGCGGCUCGAGCCCACUGUCGCAGAUAUCGAGACUCUCAAGUACAAUAAUGCGAUGGUUGGGUGCACCAAUAAGUCUUUCGUUGCAAAUUAUUUGGGUCAGGUUUUGAAUUUCAGCCACAAUUGCAUGAAGCACUACAACAGACAAGAAGAGAUCGCACAGGCCCUCAGGACCAAAGAAAUUGCAGCUGCGUUUCUUGAUGCCCCUGUUGCCAAACUGUUCCUUGCUAGAUACUGCAAGAGCUUUAUUAGAGCUGGGCCCACCUACAAAAUUGGAGGAUAUGGAUUUGUGUUUCCGAAGGGGUCUCCAAUACUACCGGGCAUAAACGAAGCACUGGCAAAUGUGAUCGACACCGGCAAGCUCCGAGAGUUAGAGGACAACAUGGCUUCAACAGAGAGUUGCGUGGACGUGGAUCCAAAUUCCGACACUGUGAUGAGUCUUUGCCCAAACAGCUUCUUCGCACUAUUCAUAUUAACAGGGGGAACAUCGACUUUUGCUCUGCUGAUCUACGUUGUUGUUCGGCAGAGGAAGCUCGACGAUUCCAUGCGCGAGCACAAAACCAAUUGGAUUCUAAUGUUUGCUUUCAUCAAAUGUUGGUUGCUUCGAAGGAAACGAUUUUCGACAAGAGUUAGCGAUGCUGAAACUCCCAGAUCUUCUGCACACGCAGGGGACUAG